GUAAUAUAAUUGAUUUUGUUUGGUCAUUUUGUUAUUCAUAUUCACCAUUAUCAUUUACUCAAAAUGAUAUUCAUCCAUUAAUAUACUUUCUUAAUUAUGAUCGAAUACAUCAUCGUCAAACAUCAACAUCAUUAUCAUCAUCAUCAUCAUCAUCAUCAUCAUCUUCUUCAAGUUCAUUAAUACCUUCAUCAUCUGUAAAUAAAUGGCAAUUAAUGAAUACAGUUAAUAAACUUUCUCUACAAAAUAAUCAAUCAUCAUCAUCAUCACCAAUACGUCGUCAAUGUAAUUUAUAUGAUACAUGUGUACGACAAAUGAUAUUAUUAAUAACAAAAUUAAUAGAAAAUACAAAUCAAACAAUUGAUCAACAACGUAAACGUUUUAAAAAUGAAGAAAUAAAUAUAAAAAUAAAUGAAAUUGAAGAUGAACAUAAUGAUGAUAUACUUGAAACAAUUUAUAUUGAAAAACUUCUUUCAAUAUGUCACUCAUCACUUGAUUCAACACCAUCAAUAUCAUUAAAUUCAUCAACAAAAUUUCUUGCUGCAUCAAUAACAUCAACAAAUCAAUAUUCAUCAUUUAUACAUACAACAAUACAUUUAAAUUUAAAUGAUUUAAUAUCAGUUGGUGAUAGUAUUUAUUAUUGCUUAACAACAUUUAUAUCACAACCAAAUUAUCUUUUACCAAUAUUAUGUCAUUAUUUAACAACAAAUCCAUUAUUAUCAUCACCAUUAUUAUUAUUUAUUAUUUAUUCAAUACAUAAUACAAAAAUAUUAUUUCAAGCAUUAAAUCAAUAUAAACUACUUGAUUUAUUAGUUAAUAAUUUAUUAAUAUAUUCAAAUUAUUUAACAAAUCAAACACAAAUACCAUCAAUACAACGUAUUUAUGAUCAAAGACAAUCAUUAAAUAAUACAAUGGAUAUUGGUUCAAUAAAUUUAUCAUCACAAUGUCAAAUAAUAUGUUCAAAUUCAAAUGUAAUAUCACCUGAAAUAUUAUUAAAAUCAAAUAAUAAUCUUCAAACAACAACAAUAACAUCAUCAUCACGUCGUUUACGUUCACCACCAUGGUCAUAUACAUAUUUACCAAAUGAACAACGUUGUACAUUAACAUUACAAUUUCCAUAUGCAAUUAUAUUAAAAUCCAUACAAAUAAUACCAUUUACACAAUUAUCAAUAAAUCAUUAUACAAUUAUGGAUCAAUUAAAUACAAAUUUAACACAAUAUCCAUCAUCAAUAACAUGU